UUGCCCCCUUUGCUUUGCCGUCCCUUCCUCUCCCUACCACCACGCCCCUUCUGGCCUCAGCCAAUCAGCACGCACGCCGGAACGCGCAGGGUGAACGGUCUGUGACGUCCUCACUACGCACGCUUUAUCAGUCGUCUUCCCGCGCAGCUCCAUCUCUGUUUUCUCUGCUCUUCCGACCUCUCUGUGUGUUCGGCUUCUUUACGUUCUAAUUUCCAGGACUUGAACUCGCUGCCAUGUCCUCUGAAGAAGGAAAGCUUUUCGUAGGGGGGCUCAACUUUAACACCGAUGAGCAGGCACUGGAAGACCACUUUAGCAGCUUUGGGCCUAUCUCUGAGGUGGUUGUUGUCAAGGACCGGGAGACUCAGCGGUCCAGGGGUUUUGGUUUCAUCACCUUCACCAACCCAGAGCAUGCUUCAGUUGCCAUGAGAGCCAUGAACGGAGAGUCUCUGGAUGGUCGUCAGAUCCGUGUGGAUCACGCAGGCAAGUCUGCUCGGGGAACUAGAGGAGGUGCCUUUGGGGUCCAUGGGCGUGGUCGCAGCUACUCUAGAGGUGGUGGGGACCAGGGCUAUGGGAGUGGCAGGUAUUAUGACAGUCGACCUGGAGGGUAUGGAUAUGGAUAUGGACGUUCCAGUUCCAGAGACUAUAAUGGCAGAAACCAGGGUGGUUAUGACCGCUACUCAGGGGGAAAUUAUAGAGACAAUUACGACAACUGAAAUGAGACAUGCACAUAAUAUACACAAGGAAUAAUUUUUGAUCCAGGAUCGUCCUUCCAAAUGGCUGUAUUUAUAAAGGUUUUUGGAGCUACACUGAAACAUCUUAUUUUACAGUAUAUCAACCUGUUUUUUAAAUUGAGCUGCCAAGGUAGCCAAAGAC